AUGGCCGAUCUCCAUCAACGGUCCCUCAGAGGAAAAGCUGCAUCCGAAACCUUGCCAGGCCUGGGCUGCACGGAACUUCCCAAAUUUUACGAAGGCCUGCAUUCCCCAGUGGAAGUGAAGGAAGAGUUGGUGGAGGAGGACAAACUCAGUGUGGUGCUACAAUGCCAACACUUCCGGCAGUUUCACUAUGAGGAAGCUGAAGGGCCUCAGAAAGUGUUUGGUCAACUCUGGGACCUCUGUUGCCAGUGGCUGAAGCCGGAGUGUCACUCUAAGGAGCAAAUCCUGGAGCUGGUGAUCUUGAAGCAGUUCCUGAUGAUCCUGCCGCUGGAAAUGCAGAACUGGGUUCGGGAACAGUGUCCGGAGAUGGGGAGCCAGGCGGUGGCUCUGGCCGAGGACUUUCUUCGGAGGCUGCCACAAGGAGAUGAGCAGAGGCUGUUGGCUGAUGAUGAGAAGAUGUGUCCCAAUCGUCUCCUUCAUGCUUCUCACACACAGGAAGAUCUGGCGGACUUGCGUCAUGAGCCUUCCAAUUCCGAAUUGGAUCCGUUGGAUAUCGUGAAAGUUGAAGUCCCCAUGGAUGGAGACAGAAGCUCUGACCAUCAACAUUAUUUCCUCGGAGAAGUGACAAAGGGAAUGUACAGUAGCAGAAGUAUGAAGGCCACUUUUGACUCUCCUCCAAGGAGCCAGAAAGUCCCCCUGAAGAAAAAACUGCACAAAUACCAAUAUUGUGAGAAGGUCUCCGACUGCCGCACCCACCUGAUUAUUCAUGAACGAACCCACACAGGAGAGAAGCCCUACAAAUGCUCGUUGUGUGGCAAAAACUUCAGUGAUAAAAUCAGGCACCUCAUCCACGAGAGAAUUCACACCAGGGAGAAGCUGUACAAAUGCUCCGAGUGCGGGAAGAGCUUUGGUACUCGCUGCAAUCUCCUAAGGCACCGGAGAGUUCACACGGGCGAGAAACCCUACUGUUGCUCGGACUGUGGCCAGAGUUUCCGGUACAGACCACAGUUAGUGAUUCACGAAGGGACCCACAAAGGGGAGAAGCCUUAUAAAUGUGCAGACUGUGGAGAAACCUUCGGUCAGAUGCGGCAUCUGGUGAUACAUAAAUGGACUCACAUGGGAGAGAGGCCUCACAAAUGCGCCGUCUGCAGCAAAAGUUUCAAUCAAAAGUCGGACUUUAUUACGCACACCAGGACCCACACUGGAGAGAAGCCGUAUGUCUGCACUGAUUGUGGGAAAAGUCUCAUUUCGAGUUGCCAGCUGAAGAAGCACGAGAGAAUUCACACCGGGGAGAAACCGUACCAGUGCGCAGAGUGCGGGAAAUGCUUCACUUACAGUUAUCACUUCACAAUGCACAAGCGAAUACACACGGGCGAGAAACCUUACCAGUGCCCGGAUUGUGGGAAAUGUUUCAUUUCUAGUUCUCACUCUCACCAUAAAAGGACGCAUACUGGCGAGAAGCCCUACCAGUGUACCUACUGCGGGAACAGUUUCAUUCAGCGAUCGCACCUUGUCAAACAUGAAAGGUCGCACAUGGGAGAGAGGCCCUUCAUCUGUUCCGAGUGUGGGAAGAGCUUCCCCCAAAGCCAAGGGCUCAAAAAGCACAUGCGGACUCACACUGGCGAGAAGCCAUACGGGUGCCUCAAAUGCGAGAAAAUGUUCUCCAGUUCCUUUAAUCUGUCCAGGCAUCAGAAAAUCCAUGUGAGGGAGAAGCUAUAA